AUGGCUGGCGACACGGAAGAAAUCGCACAUGCAAUUGCAGGUGCUGGAGGUGGUGCAUUGUCAAUGAUUGUCACCUAUCCAUUGGUUACUUUAUCAACUUUAGCGCAAACAAAAGCAAAAAAGAAGGAGGAAAAACAGACCGAAGCUGAAGUUGAGGCAGAGUUGAACCGUGUAUCAAAAUUAAAUGCGAAACAAAAAUUUAGCCACAACUUUAACAACAACAGUACUGUGUUAGCCGCUAAGGAAAUUAUCAAAGAGAAAGGAGUAUUAGGAUUAUACUCGGGUCUAGGAAGUGCAAUCUACGGAAUUACUUUAACCAAUUUCAUUUAUUACUAUUUCUACGAGUUAACAUCCAAUAUCUUCUUGAAAGCCAACAAGGCUAAUAAGAAAAAGGCGGGAUUGUCAACUAUUCAAUCAAUCAUAACCGGUGCCAUAGCUGGUGCUAUUACGUCUGUCGGAACCAACCCAAUUUGGGUUGCAAACACCAGAAUAAUGACGGAAAAGAAGCAGAAGGGUGAGGGAAACGUUUCAAAUUCAACCUUGAAGACAAUUUUAGAAAUCAUUGAAAAAGACGGGGUUGGAACCUUAUUUGCAGGUGUUUUCCCUGCAUUGGUUUUGGUUUUGAACCCUAUUAUACAGUAUACUAUUUUUGAACAAAUCAAGAAUGUUAUUGUAGCUGGUGGAGGUCAAAAAUCAUUUACAGCUAUCAAGGCUUUCUUUAUCGGGGCUUUUGGUAAAUUAGUAGCUACAACCUUGACUUAUCCAUAUAUCACCUUGAAAUCAAGAAUGCACAUUAGAAAGAAGGUGUUGAAAGAAGAAGGAAAAGCCGCUGAUGAAAUUCCAAACUUGUCUAUGUACCAAGAGAUUAAAAAGAUUAUUCACGAAGAAGGAUUUGAAGGAUUGUAUGGAGGAUUGGUUGUCAAGUUGAUUCAAAGUAUUUCAACUGCUGCUUUCCUUUUCUACUUUAAAGAGGAAUUGUUAGUUGGAAGUGUCAGAUUGGUUGAGAUACUUAAAUUAUUGAGUUUGAAGAAAGGUAAAGCUAUCAAGGUGUAG